AUGGCAGCAGGACAAGAGAACCGCGUUCUGCCCCCGCCCCGCGACCUAGGUGUGGUGGUGGACAUUGAGGAUGACAGCGACGCGGCCGAGCGGGUCGAUUUCGACGUGGCGGACCUCAGUCUGCGCUACAAUGUCAUGCUUGGCAGGCCAGCGUUGGUGAAGUUUAUGGUGGUCACCCGCUGCGCCUACUGCCAACUCAAGAUGCCGGGCCCUAACGGCCCCAUCACGGUGCACGACGAUGUGAAGAUGGCAUUGGCAUGUGCAGAGAUGCGAGCCAACGCCCUCGCCACGGCCACCACCACCGCAUCCACCGACCAGGGGCCAGAGGCAUCAGCCUCAUGGGCCCCGAAGAAGCGGAUCAUCUCGAGUGAUGAGGUGCCCAUCAAGCUCAUCCAGCUUGGCGAUGAUCCGUCCAAGGCCGCCAAGAUCGGCGGCAGCCUGGAUGCCAAAUAG